AUGAGUUCAGUCCGUGGCGGCAUAACCUCAACAUCUGGCUCCGAUACCGGGACCCUGCCGUCAUUGCGGACUGCCUUUAUCUGCACGAGCGAGGAGGUGGUAGCGGCUCUCACUAUCAGGCCGCUACCAGACAGCCUGGACGAGGCAUUGUUCACGCUCUUGGAGCAGGCAUCCCGGGAAGGCCAAGACCCUGAUCCUGAACGCUUUGUCCGAGAGUUGGCCGACGCCUUAUUCACUCAUCCUUUGGAAGGGAUUGACGGUCUCGCCGAGCUACGCGAUCACGUCGAAGAUAUCGAUGGUGAGGGUCUCAGAACAUAUGUUGCUCAAUGGAUUCACAGUCUGGGUGCUGGUCACGGAAAAAGGCUCCUCGACCAGGACGCUGUGGCGAUCAUCGAGAAUUAUAUCCCCCCUAUGGUGUCUAGUGUCGUCCUACAGAAUGCAUUCAUCAAGGGACUCCCUAGCGCUCCGAGACUGACCAAAGAUUACCGUUGGGAGCAGCUAUCGGCGAAGAGGGAACUCAAAUCGUUGUGUCAAAGUCCCUUUUCAAAGG